AUGGCUGCUCAACAGUACUACGAACUCUAUCGGGGCAGCAGCAUCGGCGAAGCGCUCAUCGAUACUAUCGAUGACCUGAUCAACGAUGGCCGGAUAGAACCCCAGUUAGCCAUGAAGAUCCUGAGCAACUUCGACCGCGCUAUAGCCGAGACGCUGGCCGAAAAGGUCAAGUCAAGACUUACGUUCAAGGGUCAUCUGGAAACCUACCGAUUCUGCGAUGAUGUUUGGACCUUCCUGGUCAAGGACGUGAGAUUCAAAAGCGAUGGUGGGCAGGAGUUCCAUGCCGAUAAGGUCAAAAUUGUGAGCUGCAACUCCAAGAAGCCUGGUGAGAUAUAG